CUGUCGUUAUCUUAUCGUUGGAACUAACCAUGCAAUCCAUUGCAAUUUUGCAAUCUUUCCUCGUGGUGCUUGCAUGGAAAACGCGUUAACCGUCCCAGGAAGUUGUUCGAUUGGUUCUCUUUCUUAUGGAAGAAAAAAUUAUAUUCUUUAUUUCAUACACUACAUUCAAAUUCAUACAAUUUUUUAGCUAAAAAAUGCAAUAGUUUCUGUCAAUAUCCGUAAUUCAAAUCUCGCGAAGCUACAACUUUGAGUAUUUCUAGGAUUUACAAAGAUUGUGAACUUUUUUUCUGUUUUCAGCACUUUUUUUUUUUAGCAAACUUUGGAUUCGUAAUUCAAGAAAAAAAACCCAGUGUGUGUGUCGAGAAGUCUCCGGGCCAGUGAGCGAUGUCCGACUCCGAGAACCCGGAGCCCGCUCGGGUGGCGGAAAUGGUGGAAAGCAUCCGGGAGUGGCUCUUCAAGCAACCGCACUUGCCCCACAUCGAGGACCGGAAAGUGCUGAAGAAGUUCCUGGUCAACUGCAAGUUCCGGCUCCAGCAAACCAAGUCCAAGAUCGAGAACUACUACUCUGCCAGGACGGGGUUCCCGGCUGUGUUCCAGGAGAGGGACCCGUGCGCCCCGGAAAUGAGGCUCGCCGCCAGGGCCACGCCCUUCUUCCCGCUCCCAAGGACCACGCCAAAGGGACGCAAAGUCGUCAUCUGCAAGUUGGACUGCGACCCGGACGAGUUCAUCCCUUCGGACUACAUGAAACGCAUGUUCAUGGUGUUCGACGUGAUGUUCUGCGAAGAGGCCUCAGCCCGGUUGGACUACGAGGUGGUGGUCGACUUCCGCGGGUUCUCCUUUCGGCACUUCCUCAAACUGACGACCGUGGCGAGGACGUUCAUGAGCCUCGUCGAGAACGUCAUGCCGGCCACGCUCAAAGGCGUCCACUACGUCCACGUCCCGCCGUUCAUCGACAAGGUGGCCGAGUUCUUCAAGAUGCUCGUCAAACCCAAACUCCGCGAGCGCUUCCUCAUCCACAAGGACCUCGAGGCCUUGUACAAGGUCAUCGGUGACCAGGAUAUCCUCCCCAGUGACCUCGGCGGGAAGGAGGCCUCCAUUGAUGAGCUAUGUGACGCAUACCAGAGGAAAAUCGAGUCGUACAAAAAAUGGUUCGAGGAAGAAGAAAAUAUCCGAUCAAAUGAGGAUCUACGACCUCCGUCUUCAACUAACUCCUGGCUCAUGGGGACAGAGGGUUCUUUCAAACGAUUAACUGUCGAUUAAAUUGAACACUCAGGGGAAAGAGCUUUCACUGAAAUAUUGAGCUCCUAAUUAUUUUUACAGAAUGUGAUAGAGCUGCAAAAUCAAAGGUGUGCAUCAAACUGUGUUGUCAGGCUGGAGGGGGGUUUAUGAGUCAUGGAUGAAAUUUUUGGUCGGUGCGAGUUUCGGAAACGUAUUGUUAGUGUUUAAACUUUGUUUUUAAAGUAACCACUGAUAUAGCAUUUCAAUGCUUAAUGCGUAUAAAAGGUCACUUUGAAUCCUUGAGGAAAACCUUACAUAUUAUGUUGAAUGUAAAAUUACAGUGAUGCUUGCAGUAUUACUCGAUUAAUUUAUGAAUAUUUAUGCCCAUUUGUAAUAUGUAUGGUUGCCUUGAGUCACCGAGUAAACCUUCUAAUUGUCA